AAUUUGUCACUACCAGCAGCGACUGGCCCAUUGCAAUUACCUUUCCUGAUCGUACUGCUAGGCACGCGAGCGAUAGACGGCCGCGGACGGAGUGGCAAACGGCGGCGCUUUCCACCGAUAAACUACUGUGCACGCAAGGGACAUACACUGACGAGCCACGGAGAUUACACCAGUCGAGUCAUCGACGGCCGGCUUUACGAGUGACUUAAAGUCGCGGUUGCUGGUUCAAUCGUAAAGCGCGACGGCCACUUCAUAGGGACCAGAUCUAGUCUUCACGGCAAGGAUGGUUCCCGGUGACUUCGUUGGUUGUUUUGCUUUCGUCACUGGUGGCGUUCCCAGCCGCGAGCAGAGAAGCUGAUAGAAGUCUACUCAAAAGCAGCCAACAAACCUCCUCCUAUGCUCAACCAGUGGCAAGCGGAGUCCACCUUUUCUCAUGGCGGAUCCAUUUUGUCCAACUCGAUGAUUUCCAGAAGACACCAGCUUUGCCAAAGCCAUUGAUGGACUCUCUUCCUUUACUGUCGAUUUUAAUUUUGGUUCUACUUUCUUUUGAACUCUUUCUUCCUCCAACCGCUUUUGGGUCGAGAAGUGCUGAAGAAGAAGACUUUACGGAGGAAUUGCUAUUGAAACCGUUGCCUGAUAGAAAGGUAUUAGCUCAUUUCCAUUUCGAAAGCCGAGCUCCUCCAUCCAAUUCCCAUGGCAGCCACCACCAUCUCUUCCCCAAAGCCAUUUCUCAACUGGUCCGUAAAUUUAGAAUCAAGGAAAUGGAAAUAUCUUUCACACAAGGUCGUUGGAACUAUGAAUUGUGGGGUGGAUUUGAUCCCUUAUCGACCAGGAAUGCAAAACCCCCUGGAGUCGAGUUGUGGGCUGUCUUUGAUGUCCCUCAGUCACAGGUUGAUGCUUCCUGGAAGAAUUUAACUCACACUCUUUCAGGUCUUUUCUGUGCUUCAAUCAAUUUCCUAGAGUCCUCUACCACAUAUUCUGCCCCUCAAUGGAGUUUUCGACCAUCUUCAGGCAACCUGAGGUAUGGUACUUUGCCCCGUGAAGCUGUUUGCACUGAGAACUUAACUCCAUGGUUGAAGUUACUUCCUUGUCGAGACAAGGCAGGACUUUCUACAUUAAUGGACAGACCAUCCAUCUACAGAGGGUUUUAUCAUUCUCAACGGUUGCAUCUAGCCACAUUUGAAUCUGGUUUAGAGGGAUUAGAUUCAGGCAUUAUCCUGGAACAGACACUUACAGUUGUUCUUCAGCCCAAUCAUCAGAAAAGUAGUAAGAUUUAUUCUCAUGAAAAACUUAUGCAACCAAGUUGGUAUUUGAGUUCAAUUUUAGGGAGAAAAGUCAAUGAAAGAUGCGUUCUUGCAACGUCAAGCAAUGUAUAUCUUCAACUUGAGAGCAGUCUGGCAGCAGAAUUGAAGAAUGUACAGAAGGAAAAUGGAAUAUCUGGCUCUCAUGGCGUAGAAUCUGAAGGUUUUUGGAAUAACCCCAGCUUUGAAUUGUCUGUUAAGCCACACAGAGUGUUUAAAGAAGUCAGAAACAUGCAUAGCAAGGACUCAUAUGUUCUAUAUGAGUUUAAAGUUGACAAGGAUUUUGAUGUUGAGCCAUUUGAUUUGGGUUUUACAUGGAAGAGACCUGUACUUUGGUCAUGCCAACAAGCACCAUUACAUGCCACUAGGUUUUUGAUGGGAAGUGGGAACGAACGGGGUGCUAUUGCUAUCUCCUUGAUAUCUACAGAAUUAAACGAGGGGUUACUGGGUAGUAAUAUUGUUGAUGACCAGUGUAGGUUUCAAGUUAAUAUUUUUCAGGUUGUCCCCUGGUAUAUUAAAGUGUAUUAUCACACUCUACUGGUCUUUGUUGAUCAACAGCCUAUGGCCCCAGCAGAUGUUCUGGAAAAGAUACAUGUUUCACCAUCAAAGGACAAGGUAUCACCUGGAGUUAUGGAGAUAAUUCUGAGAUUACCAUGUAGUAUGAAGUCAUCAGCUUUAACUUUAGAGUUUGAUAAGGGUUUCCUGCACGUAGAUGAAUACCCUCCAGAUGCUAAUCAAGGAUUUGACAUUCCAUCAGCUGUAAUAAGCUUUCCCAACUAUCAUGCAAGCUUGGUCUUCCUCGAAGAAGGCUCUUCGAGCGAUUCACCCCUGUUGUCAAAAUUUAUGGAAAAAAGUCCUGUUGUGUCUUAUACUGAAGUAUUACUUGUACCCUUGGCGACUCCUGACUUUAGCAUGCCUUACAAUGUCAUUACAAUCACAUGCACGAUAUUUGCAUUAUAUUUUGGAUCGCUGCUCAAUGUACUUAGAAGGCGUGUUGGUGAGGAGGAAAGAUUUCUUAAAAGCAAAGCUGCUGAUAAAGCAGGCCGUAUUACUCUUUUGUCAAAAAUAUCCGCCAAACUUAAGGGAAGAUCAUAUGGACUGAAGCAACAGCCUGAACACACAGCUUCAUCGUCCUUCAUUAAUUCUAAAUUAUUAUUUAAAGUUAUAUUAGUGGCCGGAAUUGCGGUAGGUUGGCAAUACUUUUCAGGUUAAUUCAUUAGUUCAAAUGGAAGUUUUCUGUACUAUAUGUCCUAAAAGAAAGGGAUACAGAACUUCUCAAUUGUCAUUUGGUAAGAUUGUUUUAUCUUCCACUUUACACGGGAGAAAUUUCGAAUAACAUUUUUCUUUCAUUGUAAACAAUUUUGGUAAGAAUCCUAAUCACCCACUUUUUACUUUCUAAA